GGCGGUGUUGGAACUAGUUCCAAAUAGAAUAACUCUAAAGAAUACAUAAAAGAAAAAUUAGUAAACAACAUUUUAUUGGAGGGAAAUAAUAUUUCAAACCUGUCAAAUAUGAGCGUCGAGGACGAAGUGUUUCGGAUUCAAAAGAAAAUUGGCAAAAUUUCAACAGCCAGCGAUGGAGCCGGCCAGGACCAGGCGCUCGACUUGCUCAAGGCGUUGCAAACUCUAAACAUUAAUUUGGAAAUUUUGACCAAGACGCGAAUUGGGAUGACGGUGAAUGAACUGCGCAAGAGCAGCAAGGAUGACGAGGUGAUUGCCUUGGCGAAGACUUUAAUUAAAAAUUGGAAACGCUUCCUGGCCAGUCCGGCGCCAGCAGCUGCCACCGCCAACGCCAACACCACGCCCAAAGAGGCAACCGGCAAUAAGGAGGGCAGCAAUAGUUCAACAAAAUCAACAUCGAGCACCAGCAAAUCGAAUUCGAGUGGCAAAGAGAAGUCCAGCAGCAGUUCGACCAAGGAUAAACGCGACGAAAAGAAGCCAACAUCGGCGCAAACAUCAUUUCCAGCUGGCGGCAUGACCGAUGCAGUUCGUCUCAAAUGCCGUGAAAUGUUAACGAAUGCCUUGAAACUGGGCGAAGUUCCCGAGGGUUGUGCCGAGCCCGAGGAGAUGGCUGCCGAAUUGGAGGAUGCCAUCUACUUGGAGUUUAAGAAUACGGAUAUGAAGUACAAGAAUCGCAUACGAUCGAGAGUGGCGAAUUUGAAAGAUCCGAAAAAUCCGGGUUUGCGUGGUAAUUUCAUGUGCGGCGCCGUCUCCGCCAAGCAAUUGGCCAAAAUGACGCCCGAGGAAAUGGCCAGCGACGAGAUGAAGAAGCUGCGCGAAAAGUUCGUCAAAGAGGCGAUCAACGAUGCCCAAUUGGCCACCGUCCAAGGCACCAAAACGGAUCUGCUAAAGUGCGGCAAAUGCAAAAAGCGUAAUUGCACCUACAAUCAGCUGCAGACGCGAUCCGCCGACGAGCCGAUGACCACGUUUGUCAUGUGCAACGAGUGCGGCAAUCGUUGGAAAUUCUGCUAAAUCCCAUUUAACGUCCCUUUUUUAUAAUUCACCCAGCUCCCCUCCUCCCCCGCACUCCAGCUCCUUACAAUUAAUACAGAGCUAUUCGCAUGUAAAAUUUGAAUGCAGUCACUGAUCACCUAAAGAACUAAAAACAAUUCAAUAAUAAUA